GUGCGCAGACUGCUGGUGACUGCGGGGCGGACGGAGAAAGACUGCAGGAGUUUAUCUUGGUUCCGCUGGUGCUGGGUUGGCGGUUUGACUGCAAAGAUGUUCCCUGCAGUGCUCACAUUGUUACUGACUUUCUUCAGCCUCGCUGAAAGCAAACAGAAAGACUUUUAUACUUUUAAAGUGGUGAAUAGCAGGGGCAAGCUGGUGUCUCUGGAGAAAUAUCGGGGUUCGGUUUCCCUGGUGGUAAACGUAGCCAGUGAAUGUGGCUUCACUGAGGAACACUACAAACAACUGCAGCAGCUCCAGCGGGACUUUGGUCCAUAUCACUUCAAUGUGCUAGCCUUCCCCUGUAACCAAUUUGGACAGCAGGAGCCCGGCAGUGACAAGGAGAUUGACAGCUUUGUGCGCAGAGUCUACGGAGUCUCCUUUCCUCUGUUCAGCAAAAUUGCUGUUGUUGGCACCGGAGCCAACAAUGUCUACAAGUACCUUGUUGAGGCAUCUGGAAAGGAGCCUGACUGGAAUUUCUGGAAGUAUCUAAUUGACGUUAACGGCAAAGUGGUGGAUGCAUGGGGACCAAAAGUCUCUGUCAAAGAAAUUCGCCCCAAAAUUGCUGAAAUGGUGCGGCAAAUAAUCUUGAAGAAGAAAGAAGAGCUUUAACACAUUUCGCUUCAAGACUCUACUUAAUGUUCUGCAGUGGUAGUACAUGAACCAAACCAGGAAAAACUGUACACAUUUAUUGCGCUUAGAGUCUGUUGUUAUUCCAAUAAACCAUUCCACUCAUAGAAUAAAAGCAAAUUUGUUGCUUUCUGAAAGCACUGAUUAAGCACCAGUAUGAAAUUUCUAUGCAAGUUGUUGAGUGUAAAACAUCUGAACACACCCGUUUCUAAAUGUGUCAGACGUGGUUUAUUCAUCUAUGUUUUUGUUUUUUUUCAUUCAUUCUGAUUUGUGGAAUAAACUUACUGUGAUCACAGAAAUACCUUGCUGUUGAGUUUAUGCUGGACGGUUUUACACAAGUUUUCAGAACAGCACAUUAUUUCACAAUACCACAGGGAAACUGGCAGGUUUGAGCAGAAAAUGAGUCACAGCUUUGGUAACAUUACACUAAAGCCAUGGCUUAUUCAUUUGUGUUAAGGAAGUAAAAAGAUUUGUGGUAGUUCUUGUUUGUAGCUAUAAAUAAUUUUUUAAAAAGGUGGCGCUACAGGAAAAAGAAGAUCUAAUACACUGGGGAUUAAGGCAAUAUGAGGUGUGAUCAAGCAAAAACCCUCAGGUCAAAGAAAGGUGCCAAACAUUCCUUAAAUAGCUACAUGAAGCUGGCUCCAAAGUGAGACAGUAGUUUUGUCUCGCAUAUCUAAAUAUCCUUACAGGAUUAAAAAGCACACACUGGAACAAAAAUUGUAUUUGGCCUCUAAAGAUACCUAGGCAUGUGGCUGCUUUAAUCGACAGGUAUGCUAAUUUAAGUCUCACAACCUUUUCUCAGUGUUUGUGCUGUUGGAGUUUAUCCAAAUUGAUCAGCUAUAACUGUACUUCUUUACUUGAUUGACGUAGAAAGAUUCAAAGCUCCCAAAUGAGUUAUGGAAAGUUUUAUCCUUCUGACACCUAAGUUUAACUGUACUGUAACAGAAAACUUUUUUUUUUCUUGAAUCUUUCCUAAAUUUUCCACAAUUUCAGUGUAGUUUCUUUCCUCUACUUACAUUUUAUUACUUAUUGUCAUUCUCCCCAUGCUUUGCUCUGGUUAUAUUUAGAGUUCCUUCAGUUAUUCAAGCCAGUAGUGUUAAAUAGUACAUGGUCUCUUCUCUUGAAGACUGGUAAGUUCAUAUCAUAUCCAUUGACCAAUUAGUGAAUCAACAUUAAUAAUAAUGUGGUAAAUAUGUAUAUCUCUCAGGUCAGACCACUUUGACGAUUCCUUUUCAAGUAAUUUUCAGGUGACACUGUGAACACACUAGGAAAUAAAAAAAGGUUGCCAUUACAAAAUUUCCAAGCGUUUCACCAUCCAACAUUUUGCACAGUUUUGCUCUAAUGCAUUGUACAUAAUGUGAUCUUUCCAUUUUUUUGUUUUUCUUUUUCAUUAACCUUUUGGAACAGAGUGUAUAUGUAUUUUCUGCACUGAAAAAUGCAUAUGAUUAAAUGAUUUUGACUGUGUAGGUUCUCAGUCAUCCAGGUCAUGGUUGCAGCAGGUGCCUGUUCCUCCCUGAGUCUGGUUCUGCCCGAAGUUUCUUCAUGUUAAAAGGGAGUUUUUCCUUUCCGCAGUCAACCAGUACUUGCUCAUAGGGGAUCUUCUGAUUGCUGUGGUUUUCUCUUUAUUAUUGUACAGCCUUUAUCUUACAGUGUAAAUAGCCUCAAGUUGACUGUUGCUGAGAUUUGGCGCUAUAUAAAUAAAACUGAAUUCAAUUGUAGUCUUGAGUGCUUGAAAAUAAAGCAACAGAACUCUUUGGUUCAUGGAGAUGUUUUCCUGUAGUUCAAAGUCCAUGUUUAUGUAUGUUUCCAUGUGUUAUAGGCCUGAUUAAGGUAGAUGAGGCUUGAGGGGAGGACAGGUGUGUUUUGUAAAUGCUGGUGGAACAUUUGUUGGAGGAUGUAAUUAUAGAGUAUUCAAUGUAUGCCACAUUAUUUUUUCUAAUAAAUAAACUUAAAAAGUGAUUAAUGCCUA